AUGAAGGCGGUAGCGGGGAUAGAGUGGGUGAGGCUGGGAGGAAGCCCGUCCCCUCUCCUCCACCACGUGCCGCAGCUGAAACAGAUGGUGCGGUGUGGAUCUGCCAUGCCACCGCGAUCGCCUUCUGAGGACUGCUGCCAUAAGGAGGCAGAAGUGGAAGGCAAAGGUAGUUUUCAGGUUCUGGCUUUCAGCACCAUGCUGCGCCACAUCAUGCGCCCGGCUGACGGUACACUCACCCUCGUCCUCCAUUCAGUUGGCUGGGCUCAUCCAUUGGCCCUCUCCUCCUUGGACUUACCCCACGGCGUCCUCCCUGUUCUCCCCCGCUCCUCGCUUCCUCGGCCCCAGUGUGCCCCUGCCGCUAGCCCCCAGCCUGCCCCCAUGCCUGCUAGCGUCGCUAGCCCCCAGCCUGUUCCCAUGUCUGCGAGCGCUACUAGCACCCUGCCUGUCCCUUCUGGUGCCCGGCCUGCCUAUUGUUCCCCGGGUCCGCCCGACACCACGCUUGACCCCUGUCGUCAGUUCGAGGGAACCUGCCUGGCCGUCUUCUCUGGGUUCCGUGGUGGCCAUCGGAGGAGACGUGGCCAUCACGGCUCCCGCCAACACGCACCACUCUCCCUAGUACCCCAGCCCGCUAGCGCCGCAGGCCCCCAGUCUGUCCCUGAUCCCAGUCGGUUAGCCCCUAGCCUGUCCCUUGGCCUGAUAGCGCCCCUAGCCUCCAACCUAUCCCUCCUGAUCCCCAGCCCGCUAGCCCCGCAAGCCCCCAGCCUGUCCCUGAUCCCCUCCUCAACGGACGCCUCCCGGCGGCCUUCCCACUGGACUAGGUGGGGUUUGGCAGACGAACGUCGGGUCAGGAAAGGUCGUCUCGCCCCUUAGCCCAUCCCUCGGGCCGCCCGCCCGAACUCUCUGGCUUGUCUCAGCCUGCUCCCCGGCCUUUUGGAGAGGUCGUCUCGCCUUGCUCCCCGGCCUCAGGAAAGGUCGUCUCGCCCCUUAGCCCAGCCCUCAGGCCGCCCGCCGGACCUCCCUGGCUCCCCUGCUCUGUCCUCGGGCACCCCGUCUAGCCCUAUGUCUUCAGUUCAGCCCUGCGUCUUCAGUUCAGCCCUGCCAGUUCCCCCCUAACCCUUCCCAGUCCUGAAGCCCUCCCUGAAUUCCCUGUUUUGUUUUGGACCCUGGACCCCCACCAGCCGGACCCCAGUGCGACUUCUUCCCCCUGACGUUCAUCUGCCAAGCCCCACCUAGUCCAGUGGUAAGGCCGCCAGGAGGCGUCCUUUGAGGAGGGGGCCCUGUUGUGGUGCAGCCCGGCUGACGGUACACUCACCCUCGUCCUCCGUUCAGU